UGAGAGUACCUGUUAUUCAGUGUCUAGUACAUACAGUAUGAAUAAAGCCAGACUGGGAAUUACUGUACGCGAUCCUGUAAGUUUGUAGGAAGCAGACUGAACACAUUGCGUGCAGUGGUUUGUAGGGUUUCAGCCAGAGGAGACGAGGAUUGAACAGAGGGCACUGUCCCACCUCAGACUGAAAUAAUGUAAAUUCUGAAACUCAGCCCAAACAAAUCAAAUUGCACUUGUUCGUUCAUUGUGUAUGUUGAGUGGCUGCAUCCACUUGGCUAGAAAUAUGUGAAUUCAAGCUCAUGCAGAAUUGGGGGGACAGACAGGACCAACAGAACUCUCUAGGCUUAUCUAAAAAGAAUUGCUUUACAACUGAAAAGGUGUUUUUUUAAUGCAAAUUUGUGGACUGCAAAAAUGGCUGUGAAAGAUUCCACUUCUCCUGCAGGGUCUCUACCAUUCUGCUUCUGCUCUUACAAAGAGCAGCAUCUUUUCUGGUGCUCUGUUUGCUCAUAUUUGGCCUCAGAAUUCGGCAGGCAGAGUGAGGACCAGAGCAGGAAUCACCUUUGUCCUGGCAUCUUCUGUGUGGGAGGAGAAGGAAUGUGCAACAGAUGGAAAGAGGGAAAGAAUGAGGUCUCCAGUCAGACCAUCUGCCGGGGAGGAACGCAGCGCCCCUGCUACAAAAUUGUUUAUUUUCAUGAUGUUAUACGCAGGCUUGGCUUCCAGGAAGCCCUUCAAACCUGCAGAAGAGACGGCGGGGACUUGGUCAGCAUCGAAUCGCAGUCGGAACAGGGGCUGAUAGAGAAGAUGAUCCAGAGUUAUUCAGCAUCUGAUGGAGAUUUCUGGAUCGGGCUCAGGAGAGAAGACGACCCUGAGAACGGCACCCAGUGCCCACAUUUAUAUGCGUGGACCGAUGGCAGUUUGUCCAUCUUUCGAAACUGGUACGCGGAUGAGCCCUCCUGCGGAAGUGAGGGGUGCGUGGUGAUGUACCACCAGCCUUCAGCCCCGGCGGGCGAUGGGGGACGUUACUUGUUCCAGUGGAACGACGACAGAUGCAACAUGAGGAACAACUUCAUCUGCAAAUAUUCCCAGGAAAUGCCAACAGUUGUCUCUGAAUUGGCUGCUUCUCAGACAGGGUACAUAACAGAGUCUUUGGCACUCACAUCCCCAGAAACACCUGUUCAAGAGGACGCAGCUAAUAAAACCCUCACAGAGGCCAAAGAGCCUGCUUGGAAUCUUCUGUACAUCUUAAUUUCCAGCAUUCCUGCACUGCUGCUGUUGAUCACUAUUGCCGUUUUCAGCUUUUGGGUUUAUGCAAAGAGGAGACGGGAGCAGAGAGAGGAGAACACGAAGGAGAAAGAUACUUGGUUGUCUCCCAAAACACAAAACAGCCCCAGUUUAGAGAUAUACAAUGUAAUUAAAAAACAGGGUGAGGCCGAUCUUGCUGGAACCAGGCCACAAAUCCAAAACUCAUCUUUCCGUGUCCGUCCUGGAGGAGAUGACCUUUGUGGAGACUAUGACAAUAUGGCAGUCAACAGCUCAGAGAGUGGCUUUGUGACCUUGGCAAGCACUGAAAGUGGAUUUGUCACGAAUGACAUAUAUGAACUGUGCAAUGACAGAGUGGGACAAAGCAAAGAGUCAGCCUGGGUAGAAAAUGAAAUCUACGGAUAUUAAAGGCCAGGAGAUGAGAGACUGAGCAAAGUGGGAAAUGUUCUUAUUUAUACAAACUUUAGCACACAGAGACAUGGUUCUUGAACGCAGAGGGAUUUCCUUCUCCUCCCUGAAAGGGGAACAUGGAUUUAAACAUGUUGAUUGAUUGAUUGAUUGAUUGAUUGAUUGA